AUGCCUCGACAAUCGCAUCGCAGCCGUCUCGGCCUCCACCUCGGCAAGAGACUUCCCACUGCCAUUGCUUUGCCGGAACCUGCCUCCAUCAAGAACCUCGUCGACAAGCCUCUCUCGGGACUCUCAGCAUACUUCAAACGCGAUGAUUGCAGCGGCUCCAAUAGCUCCAGUCCUGGCUGCCAGAAACCAACCGACAGCAGCAAUGUCACUCUACCCGUCGUCCUCGCCGUUGUAAUCCCUAUUGCAGUGGCUAUUCUCAUCUUCAUCUACCUUCAUCGGAAACAUGUCAAAAAGCUGCGCCGCGAAGACGCCAACGACCCACAUAGAUCUCUGGACUUCGGCUGGGACCCAGCUAGCGUUGCGCGUGCCAAUACCAAGAAAGGCAAGAAGAACAAACCCGAAAUGGUCGCCACGGAUCCCGGUGCAGAGAAAGCCUUACGCCGUGAGCGUGGCAUGUCAAUGGAUGUGGACAUCAGCAGCCCGUACUUGUUGCCCCCUGGUCUCGGCGGCUCCCGCGAGUCAUUGCAUUCUAUGUCACGUACCAUGCACAGCCAAGACGAUCGGUACAGGCCUGCGACCACUUACAUCCCGGGCGACACUACCUCGGUUCAUUCCUCCAGGACUGGACGGAAAGGUGCCGACGACUCAUCAAGUUAUGCUGGUUCCGGCUCAACCAGGCGUGGCCCUGGCGAUGACAUGAAGAAGGACCUUCUCGGAAAUGCCCAAAGGAUGUCGAGGUCCAUGCCACCCAGCGCAGGCGUUGUCCCUAAAUUCCCCCUGCUCGAUACUCCCCGAGAUUCGUACAUAGAUAAAAAUGGUGCGGAUCUUCGGAAGAGCAACAAUUAUCUCGGUGCUUUCAUCCAUAGCAGAGACCCCUCCACGGAUGUCCUUACCCGAGACUUUGCAUCUCCAAAAAGUGAAUAUGCGACUCCCAAUGAAUUCCCUUCGACUCCCUCGUCCACGAUCCAGCAGAUUGCUCCUUCUACUUCACUCCAACAGCCUGGCCCCUCCUCGAUUUUGCAGAAGACUUCUAGUCGAAAGAGCCCUCCGCCAAACGUCAGUACAGAACCUCCCACGUCACGGUCGUCGCCACCAAAUAUCACAGAGAUUCCCUCCACAAGAAGCUCCCUGUCGAGACCACCAAGAAAGCAAUCUCUGCGUUCCUCUACAGAGCGAGGUCAUUACGAGAACUUUCUGGACGAUGCAAGCGAUUAUGGUGACGGCUCUCAAGUGGUGCCCCCAUCGCUGCGCAGUUCGCAGGCCUCGCAGCACGAAUUAAACCGUCAAUCGAGUCAAGCUUAUAUGCCUCCUAUCCAUGAACACAGUCUUGGCGUCGAAGAAGGACACCGUCCGGGCUUCGAUCCCCGCAGAUCAUCCAUGGGCUUUCGACCUCUCCCACCGGAUGAUCCCACAGAUAACCCUGAACAACGGGCGAACCGAAUCAGAUCUUUCUACAAGGAAUACUUCGAUGAUUCCCGACCAGGGCCAAAGCGCGCUGCGGGAGACUACUAUGAGGACUAUGACCAACAGUAUCUUGGCGAUGGAGCUAUCUUCGAUCCGGUGUCUGGCCGAGCUCAACCUCUGUAUGCCGCACCAAAUGAUCAACCUCGCGGUCGACCGUAUGCCGAGCCAUAUGGUCGACGAGCGAUGACACCGCCACCACGUGCACCGCCAGGGUACGGACGCCGACAUGCUGCUACAAUGUCUGGUAGCGGUAAAACGAUGCCUCCAAGGUCCCGAGCUCAUUCGUCUCACUCUGGUCGCUUCGGGCCCUCUGGCCGUGGCACUCCACAGAAACAGAUUCCCCCACCACAGCCGUUGAACGUUCUCCCGUCUCCUCAUCUUCUGAAAGAAGACACCUUUCUACCAAUGGACUUUGCACCUCCCACUACCGCUAGAGAGCGUCAAGCUGGUCGUUCAGGAAGCCCGCGUGGAGGAUUGAGGCCAUACUCGCCAAUCGUUCCAGCCCACAUGCCCCUCGUCUCCUCAUUCGAUGACCUCGCCCCAAUGCCUAGCCCUCAUCUUCUCCGCAAUUCUGGCACCUUCACCGCGCUCGACUUCGCCCCACCUCCUCGCUUUAGGAACAACGAGACCGCCUCCGACUCCGGCUCCAUCCGCAGCAACCAUAGCGGUGUAUCGGCACGGACAAACCAGAGCAUACGCGCUGGUGCAUAUCGUGUCAGUCGCAUACCAAAGGAGUUUGUGGGUACGAAAGAGGAUCUCAACGAAGCUCUGAAGCCGCAAUGGAACAUGCAUGCAUCAUAG